UCAUUCUCUACUACGUCUUGUCCUCCCUUCACACCAUCUCUGAUACAGUGAUACAGUGAUACAGUGAUACAGCAUCAUCUCUCUGUCUCUGUCUCUCUCUCUCUUCAACCAAGCAACCAACACACACAAACAAACAAACAAACAGAAGAAAACACACAAAAAGUGCAACAAAAUAAAGAAAAGAAAAGAGCCAACACACACCACCACCACACAACAGUCUCACUCUGAGAGACAGCAAGCGAAACCAACAAGAACACAAUGCCUCCUUAUGCAACCCAGCCAUGACCAAACCCACAUCUCCUCUCACCCAAUGUCUUCCUCUUCCUCUUCCUCCUCCUCCUCCUCCUCCUCCUCCUCCUCUUACGACACCUCCAACUUUGUCGUCUCAUCCCAUCACUCCCCACCGUCCGAUGAAACCGACGACACCGCCACCAUCCUUACCCGUCUGAUUGACUCCGAGCCCAAUCACAUCCCCUCCCCAAACUACAUCUCCUGCCUCCGCGACCGUUCGAUCGACGUCACCGCUCGCCAGGAUUCAAUCAACUGGAUCUUAAAAGUCCACGCCCACUAUCGCUUCUCUCCCCUCACCGCCUUCCUCUCCAUCAACUACUUCGACCGCUUCCUCUCCUCCCAUUCUCUCCCGCAGCACAAUGGGUACUGGCCGUUUCAGCUGCUGUCUGUGGCCUGCCUGUCUUUAGCGGCGAAGAUGGAGGAGCCCAAUGUGCCCUUCAUUUUGGACCUCCAAAUCUUCGAGCCCAAGUUCGUGUUCGAGCCCAGAACGGUUCAGAGAAUGGAGCUACGGGUCAUGACCAUUCUCAACUGGAGGCUCCGAUCCAUUACCCCCUUCGAUUUCCUCCACCACUUCAUCGCCAACCUCCCCUCUUCUUCUUCCUCCUCCUCUCUCUUCUCAGCUUCCUCCGAUCUAAUUCUCAGCACCAUACGUGUGAUUGAUUUCUUGGGUUUUUCGCCUUCCACGAUUGCCGCGGCGGCGGUGCUCUGCGCCGCCAAAAAAAGCGUGGAUUUUGCGGCGGCGGAAGACCGUGAAGCGGCGUCGUUGUUCCACGAAAGAGUAAACAAAGAGAGGGCGAGAAGCUGUCACCAACUCAUGGAGGAGUAUCUGAUCGACACGUGUCCCUCGUCCCGCCAUAAAGAGCCCGUCUUUCGAACGGCGUCUUCAUCCCCAGCCAGCCCAGUCGGUGUGCUCGACGCGGCUGCCUGUGGAAGUUGCGACACUAGGUCAGAAAAUCCCGGCUCCACCGUUCAAGCCGAGCCGCCAGCAAAGCGGCUCCGACCCUCCUCUGCCGCUGAUGUACAGCCGCCGUAGAUAAAACAGAGACAGAGAAAUUAAAGACCCACCUAUUUAAAUUAAAUUAAAUCUGUCUCUAAUUUUUUGUCCUUAUAUUUUUUUUUGUCAACUCUCAUCAUGAUAAGAUGGACGGUUGGGAUUAGAGAUUAUAUUUAAUAUAAUUUUUAUAUAUUUUGAGGAC